UCAAAAGGCUUUGACUCGUUGGUCUCCUUUAAUCAUCGUUGCGUAUGGAGUACGUGUAUAGAUCGGCAUAAAGCUUGAUUAAUUAUUACGAAUUGCACACGGUUCGAAUAGAUUAUUUUAUUCAUUUUGUUGUUUACGCGUUUAAGAAGAAAAUGGUUCCAAUAAAAUUCGCUAUCUUGACUGGUGAGGCAAAAAUGAUUAUUUACUACGUAAUAGUUAGCGACACAUGCAAUGUUGACCAAAGUAAAGAUUUAAGUGGACCGUUGCUAACGAAUUUGGUAACGAACUCAGAGACAAAAAGUGGUCAAAUCCUCCAAGGUCUAAUUUCCUACAAAGCCAUCGUUCCUGAUGAGAGAGAGAUAAUAGAAUCCGUAUUGAAAACCUGGUCUUCAAAACCCGAUGUACACGUAAUUUUAACUACGGGAGGUACAGGUUUCGCUGACAGAGAUAUAACUCCUGAAGCAACCAAAAAUGUGAUAGAGAAGGAGGCGCCAGGAAUCACACUUGCAAUACUCAUGGCUGGGUUGAAUGUUACACCCAUGGCUAUGCUCUCAAGGCUGGCUUGUGGUAUUCGAAACAAAACGUUGAUCAUUAACCUUCCGGGAUCACCAAAAGCAGUAAAAGAAUCUCUGGAAGCAAUCGCACUUGCUAUACCGCAUGCGUUAGCUUUAACUUUAGGCGCUAAAUCUGAAAUCAUUGAAGCACAUAAAAGAAUCCAAUGUACUGAGGAAUAUACUUCUGUGAAUGAGAAACAUAUAACUUUUUUGGCUUCUUCGGAAGAAACUGCAGGAAGACUUAGAAUGUCUGCAUAUCCGAUGAUCUCUAUGGAAAUGGCGGAGAAAUUAAUUGAAGAAAUCGCUGUUUCUAGUGACGUUGAGGUUGUAAAUGUAAAGAACGCAUUUCAAAGAAUAUUGCGUGAAGAUGUAUAUUCCUUAUGCCAUUUACCACCAUUCAGAGCAUCUGUGAAAGAUGGUUAUGCGAUUCUAGCUAGCGACGGUAAAGGGCGGCGAAAAGUUUUAGGAAGAUUAGGAGCGGGCUUUGCACCAGGAACAAUGCAGCUAGAUCCUGGAACUUGUGUUUGGGUAAACACCGGAGCUCCUGUACCAGAUGAAGCCACAGCAGUAGUUCAAGUAGAGGAUACGAAAUUGAUAAAAUCGCAUUCAAGCGGUGAAGAACAAGAAAUUGAAAUUCUUUGUCAUUCAACUGAGGGACAAGAUAUUAGGCCUAUAGGUAUCGAUAUAGAAAAAGGGGCUCUAAUUUUGAAAGCGCAUACCAAAAUUGAUGCAGCAGAAAUGGGACUUUUAGCAGCUUGUGGCUGUGCGCAAGUAAUCGUAACGAAACUUCCAUCAGUGGGAGUGUUGUCUACUGGAAACGAAUUACAAGAUGUAGGAGAACCGUUGAAGGAAGGACAUGUGUACGACAGUAAUAAAAUAACCCUGAUGACCAUGCUACAGAAUUCCGGGUAUGCCCCUGUUGAUAUGGGUAUUUCCUACGAUAAGAAAGACGAUACAAUACGUGCUCUCAGAAAAUCUUUAGAUCAAGUUGACGUUUUGGUAACUACAGGUUCUGUAUCUAUGGGCGAUAAGGAUUUGUUAAAACCGAUUCUUAAAAAAGAAUUUAAUGCCUUCAUCCACUUUGGACGCCUGAAUAUGAAACCUGGAAAACCAACCACCUUUGCAACUUGUAAACACAAUGGCAAGAAGAAGUAUAUUUUGUGUUUGCCUGGAAAUCCCGUGUCUGCAACUGUUACUGCCUACUUAUUUGUACUGCCAUUGCUUAAUCGUUUAAAUGGAAAUUUUUCGAAGCCCGUUAUUCUUAAAGCAAAAGUGACUUCUUCAUAUCGACUAGAUUUCAGACCAGAAUUUGCGAGAGUUACUUUACAAUGGAACAAAUUUGAACCUUAUCCAAAAGCUUACAGUACUGGAAAUCAAGUUAGCAGUAGAUUAUUGAGCUGCAAGAAUGCUAAUGCAUUGCUAAUGCUUCCUGAAAAAACAAAUGAAUUAACUGAGAUUGAAGAAGGGGAGGUAGUUGAUGCAGUGUUACUCAACUUUUUCCAAAAUGUUGAGAAAACUUUUUGCGAUUGAAACAUCUAUUCUCCAUUAUAAAACGUUCUCGUUUUAUUCGAAUUCCCACGACAAUUGUAGUUCAUCCCUUGUAAGCCCUGAAGCCUGUGGUUUAUUUUAAAUGACAAUGUAUCAUUCAUUUUGUGUCAGUAAACUUAUAGCUGAAUCUUA